AACUUUAAGCCCAAAUUCAAUUAAGUCCAACAAUUAAUUUGAAGCCCAAAAUUGUAAAACACAACAAUUAAUCCAAGUCGCCGCUCUUCUUCUUCACGCCGCGCCAAGCUUCUUCUUCACAGAUUUCUCCUCCAAGGCUUCUUCUUCUUCGUUAGUCGUUACGCUAUGGAUGAUGCCAUCGACACAGGUUACCAUCCAGGGUCAGAGUUUGUGGAGGAUAAAAGGGAACCCUUGAUUGAUCUGGAGACGACGGACUCCACCGAACUAUGGCUCAUUCAGUGGCCGAUUAAUCAGACUCCUGAAUUCAGUGGGCAACAAGUGUCCAUUAAACUUCAGGGUGAUGGACAUAUAGGCACCUUUGAGAGUUCGUCUGGAAUAUCAUAUGAAAUGUUGAGCAUGAAAUCCCAAGGUCCCAAAGAAACAGUCUUCUUAUCUUCAGUAUCAGAGGCAAAAAUCGCUGGGAAGAUCUCUAAGCAUGUUUCUCUGAUUCACUAUCCUGAGCCUAGUGAACUGCAAAAACGCAACAGCUUGAAUUUGAGUCUGUCUCAACGGUCUUCCAUGACGACCUCAACUCUGUCCGGUCGUCGUUUGGCCACUCCUAGUCGUAGUGUGAAGCCUAGAAACUCACAUGGAAUGAGUGGCUAUUCAACUCCAAGUAGCAGAACCAAGAGUUCAGUUUCUGGAUUAGGGGAGCCUUCAAAGCCUCCAAAGCGAAAACGUGUGGAUUCAGCUCAAGAUUCAGGAAAAACCACCAGUGCUGUUACCUCUACUGAUACUAUGGAGCAGUCUCAGGAAAGAAAGUCGAAAAAGAAAAGGAAAACUGAAACCUAAACUGCACGACCCCGAUCACUGCAAUGUGAUGUGCCUGUUUAUCUAUAUCUUGAUUCCAAAGUGGGAGCCAGGUUUUGAAAAAAGGAUCUUAGUUUGAAUACGCAUUCUAUAUUCCCUUAUGGCUGAGUUGGUGUCUGUAUCCCUUUAUAAAAUUAUUGAAUUAUCCAGAAAAUUCAAAAAAUUCAAGUAGCGUUAUGAUUGGAGUGUAUUUCUCUUGAUUUUUUUGUUUGUUUGUUGGGCUGCUGGUACCUUGUCAAAUUUUGAUUUUGUAAUGUGGGUUUUGUUUGAAUUUAAUGAAAAACUAAUUUAAACCA